UCGCACCUGAAGAUUCACCUCUAGACUAUGGAGGAAUCCAAGGACCGGAGUAACCAGUUUUGGGAUUCUGUUUCGGGCGAAGAAUAUACAAUCAUUGACCCUAGAGUGAGGCUAGACAUCAGUGUACAUCUCCAAACGAUGUGGCCCGCACAAGUCAUGGAGACCCAGGAUACAUGCAGAGCUCGUGACCUUUCAACUAAAAUACAGCCUGAUCCUUUCGAAACGCUACCCUACGAUGUGACCUGGAUGAUAUUCUCAAAUCUUAGUAUCGAAGAUACUCUGGCUCUCAUGAAAGCGUCGUACCACGUCAGCCACGUAAUGCAUACCGAUGUAUGGAGAGCUCUCAUUUGGAGCAAGUUCCUUCCGUGGUUUCCGGAAUUCAGGAAAUUAUACCAGGAACUGUUGGUCCCAGGUAACAUCAACUGUAAAAAGGUGUUCCUUUGGCUUGAAAAUAUCACAAAACCAAGAAUUGGUAUUCGAGGUCCUCUGAUGGGCAUUGCGAACCGUCGCCGUAUUUGGCGUGUUUGCGAGCAAAUCGGCAUGGUAUACAAUCAUUACGCGAUGUCAAACGAGUUGGAGACCAACGAGAUCUUGGAACAGGCUACGACGCUCACGAUGGCACCGGUUAUGUAUCCGCUACCCGUCAAUUCAGAGCCGUCAGUGAUCUCACAGUGGAUCAAAUCUUGGGACGAGAUCGAACAGAAGUCUUGCGACUUCAUAACAUAUUGGCAUGACACCGGUAGUUCAAAAGCAGGUGGCUUAGUUGGCCUAGGUGUUGCGUUUGGUGACGAUGAACGAGUCUUUAAUCAUCCGAGAGGAGCUUCGACAACCGUCGCAAAGGUCACGCUUGAAAAUUCGGACUGGAUCCAGGUAGUUGUACUCCAUAUCGAGGACAUAUUCGAGCCCGAGCCGCCGGCCUCAAAAGGUCGCCAUGCAUUGAUCGAUGUUCGUGAGCAAAUUUUAAUCAGGGGUGUCACGAUCACCAUGCGCUCGGGCAUUCAGUAUGAUCUUUGCGCCGCUGGAACUAUUCCAUUCGGGCUUACCAAGCGAAUUCUCACUGCUUCUAAAAGCCAUGAGAUAGUUGGAUUAAAAGGGCGAAUCGCUAGUGAAUUCGAACUUGUAAGCCUAACAGUUUUGCAAUGUCCUCGGCGCUUGCCCACAACCGAGAGCUCUCCGUCGUUCCAGAGCGACAUUAUUCUUGAGAAUGUUUUGUGGGCUCACCAAGCAGCUCAACUACCUAGCCCUGAAUCCUCACCAUCCUCCACAAAAACUGUUCCCGCUUGGCUUCAUCCAUCCAUGGCUGUACAGCCUUUUCCCUAUCCGGGCUUUGACCGCUCUCCAAUGCCUAUGGUGAAGCGCGAAAUUCUUCUUUGGGCUAAUGAGCCUGCUGCAUAUCGAAACCUUGUCGCGAUCUCCGCAUGCCGUGUCAAGACAGGCCUCCCAUUUGGAGUUCACGUAUAUAAUGACAUUAUCGGUCUCCGUGCAGAGUUCAUCGAAAACGGAGAGCUGAAUUAUCGCGAAAUCGGAACCGGCGAGCCCGUGCCGAGCAUCAUCAAAGCUAAACGGGAAUUGACUUUCAAAGGCCACAGAAGACUCUGGGAUCGUAUGUCCUAUCUCGGGCCCUGGCAUGCGGAUAAUACAGAAAGGUUCGAAAUUGAUGGCAAGAACGGGGAAGUCGUAACAGCAAUGUAUGUAGGGCAAAGUGGGAAUGACCUCAGAUUGAAAACGAACAAAGGCAGGCAAUGCACGUGGAGGGCUUCAGAUGACAAGGUUUAUGAGGAGUGGUACGGGUCCUUUCCGGAAGAGGACCGCAUGAUUGUGGGCAUUAUGGCAUGCUUUGCGACAGGGUCUAACGAUUUCUCUGAAAAAAAGGGGCAUUCUCAUCUCAUGCUGUCAGCGGCGACAAUCGUUACGAUGCCUGUUGAUCAGGAGUUGUAA